AUGUCUAUGAGAACAAAUCUACCAAGGUUUCUUGGAGGAAAAACAGAAGUGUUAAAUAAGCGGAAAUGGUUUCAGCGUCGUCAAGGCUUGCGUGUGGAGUAUGUGUUUCGCACGUACUUCGGAUGGAUGAUGAUGCCAUUGGCUCUGAUCGGAGCCAUCCUUGUCUCGCUCUUCAUUCUCGCAGCUUAUCAGGCAAUCAAAGCUCGUCUCGUAAGUCGAAAAUGCUACAUAUUGCUGCUGAACAGGGCGAUUGGAGAUCUGGUCUCUUGUCUCGUAGCGUUGGUCGUCUGCGCGUACGUACUGCUGUGGCCUGAGAUCAAUCGCGACAUGGUUAAUCUCAUGGAAUCGUUCUUCACUGGUUCAUUCUGGUCCGCCAUGGUAUCCUACGUUGCUCUUUCUGUGCUUAAGUUGUUUGCCGUGUGGAGACCGUUUCACUAUCGCAAAUGGUUCACGAUGAAGAGAUGCAUCAAUCUCAUCACCCUUAGUUGGGUGAUGUUUAUCCUGAUGGUUAGUUACACGUUGGGUGUGACAGCGUUGGUGAAAGUACCCGCCCUAAACGAAUGGUCCGGAUGUAGGAUGGAAACAUGCGCAAGAGCUAUGUAUAGCUGGUCAUGGUCGCUUCUGAGCCUUGUUGAUGAACAAACGAAUUCCAGGUCACGUAACGUUUUCACUGUCAGUGUGUAUUUCUUCACUUUGGUCGUCUUCUUGGUUACUGUGGAAUAUUUGUUCACAUUGGAGACAUUAGGUGAUAGGAAUGAUAUUAACACAUUUAAAGAUGCAGAAGCGGCUUGUACUACUAAAAUCGUUUUGCUGAUUCGACGCGCACAGAGAUUCGUAGAUUCGUUCAAGAAACGAGAGUCGAAUGAGACUGAAGGUGGUCGAUGGGUACGAUUUCCACUCUGGAAACUUGCUAUCAAUGUUGCGACGUUCGCUGGUCUCUAUUUAUUCUACGUUAUCUGGUGCAUUGGACUGCUUCUGAUUAGGGAUCAAUGCUUCUUUCAACGCCACCUUCCGGAAAUGAUGCGAAUUCUGGCUUUCGUUCGAAGCACGCUGCUGCUUCGAAUAGUAGUAGACCCAAUUCUUUCCUUCAUUACAGAUUUCCAGGUACAUCCACUUUUCCCAUCACAUAGCUGUUAG